CCCAAGUCCUGAAGGCACCACCACACUUUGCUUUCCUCUAAUUUCUUUGUUGUUUUUCAUUUUUUUUUGUUCGUUUUAAUUUUUAACUAUAUGUGGGUGUAGGCGACAUGCGUGCACAUGUACAUGAACGUUUCUCCACAGUCUGCAUGACCGAUGAAGGCCAUCCCUGGGUUUCCCUUGUGGUACACGAGACCCGCCUGAAGAUCGCCCGGGACCCCUCUCUGAACUAUGAGUACCUGCCCCUGCUGGGCAUGGAAUCAUUCAUCCAAGCCGCCUUGGAACUCCUCUUUGGAAAGCACAGCCAAGCCAUUGCCGAGAAAAGGGUAGGGGGUGUGCACGCUGUUGGUGACAGUGGGGCCUUCCAGCUUGGGGCCCAGUUUCUCAGGACCUGGCGUAAGAAUUUGAAAAACGUCUGUAUCGUCUCGUGCCAAAAAGGUGAGUGUCGUCAAUUCCCGCCUGUGUGUAAUCUCCACUCUGGCCCUCACUUUUCGGCAGGAGAAAAAUGGUGGCUGUGCCGAGCUAUGCCCAUCCUUUUCCUGUUAUUGUCCUCCCGUCAGUCAGUAACCCUCACCCUGCUCUCUGGUAUCUCUGCUCUGCCUCUGUCUCUCCGUUUCCACGGACCCCAGCUGGUAGGGCGGGUCUGUGUUCCCACAGAACAGUACGGACUCAUCUUCCAGGACAUGGGUUUUACAGUCUAUGAAUACUCCAUCUGGAACCCCAAGGAGCUGUGCUCAGACCCCGUCUUAUUCUUCGACGUGAUGGAGCACAUCCCAGCUGACAGUAUCCUUGUGAUUGGGAACAUCAUUGACUGCAGGCUCACACAAAAUCAGUGGACAAAGCUGAUGUCCAUCAUUAAGAGCAAGCACCUCUUCCCGUUCUUCGACAUUCCCUGCCAGGGUCUGUCCACUGGCGACCUGGAAGAAGACACCAGGCUCUUACAGUACUUUGUGUCUCUGGGGUUUGAGUUCUUCUGCAGCCAGUCUCUGUCCAAGAAUUUUGGCAUUUAUGAUGAAGGAGUGGGGAUUCUAGCUGUGGCGGCCCUCAGCAACCAGGAUCUGCUGUGUGUCCUCUCCCAGAUGAUGAACUACGUCGGGGCCCUAUGGGGAAACCCUCCCGCCACGGGCGCCCGGAUAAUCACAACCAUCCUCUGCAACCCUGCUCUGUUUGGAGAAUGGAAAUACAGUCUGAAAGGUGUCGUCGAGAACAUCAUGUUGGUCAAGGAGAAGGUGAAGGAGAAGCUCCGACUCCUGGGGACCCCUGGGUCCUGGAAUCACAUCACCAAACAGAGUGGGACCCACGGUUAUCUAGGGCUCAACUACCCGCAGGUAGAGUUCUUGAUCAAGAAGAAGCACAUCUACAUCCCCAGGAGCAGCCGUAUCAACUUCACCUGCAUCAACGCCAGGAACAUAGACUACAUCACGCAGAGCAUCCACGAGGCGGUGGUGCUCACCGAGGGCUGAGGGGGCCGUCUUCUCAAAGACGUCCCGAUUGAAAUGGAAAUUUAGGUAGCCUUUGGAAA